AUGCGCCGCGGGGGAAGACCGACCUUGAGGCAAGGCCUGGAUCGGGAGGUCUACCAAAUCGUGCGCAAAAUCAUUGAUGAUCAAUCGGAAAAUGACCAAAUUCGUCUCUCGGUGCCAGCAAUCUACGAUACCAUUAAGCGCUCCAAUUCGAGUCUGAACAGGAAGCCCAAACGCAUGCUGGAAGACAGCAUCGAGCGGGUUGUCGAAGUUGUCAAAACCGACGAGCUGGGACAAGAUGACGAGGAUUCCGUAGAGGGCGACUUCGAGGGAUUGGAGGAACCUCCGGCUCCGGAGUCCAACAGCCUCAAUAAAAGCAUGGUGGGCAUGUGGAGUACGACAUCGAAACAGCCGAAGCCCGUCGAGUCCAAAAAUUCCGAGUCUGCCCCUCCAGCGACUACUUCUUCCAGUAAACGACGAAAACAUGAGGGAGAAUCUACCUCCUCCAAGCGCCGCAAGGCUGAGAGCACGAUCGACCGAUCACCCCCCACCCAUGUGAGUCUGACGGAUCUGGGUGGCCUCGACGACGUGGUCCAGGACCUUGGAGAUCUUGUUAUUCUGCCUAUGACUCGCCCUCAAGUUUACAUGUCAUCGAAUGUGCAACCCCCGCGCGGUGUUCUGUUGCAUGGUCCGCCGGGAUGCGGAAAAACCAUGAUCGCAAAUGCCUUUGCGGCAGAACUGGGAGUACCUUUCAUCGCCAUCUCGGCCCCAUCGAUUGUCUCCGGAAUGUCGGGAGAGUCCGAGAAGGCUCUACGGGAGCACUUCGAGGAGGCCAAGAAAAUAGCCCCUUGUCUGAUCUUCAUCGAUGAGAUCGACGCCAUUACGCCUAAACGAGAAAGCGCACAGAGGGAGAUGGAGAAGCGCAUUGUCGCCCAGCUCUUGACAUGCAUGGAUGACCUCGCUCUGGAGAAGACAGAUGGCAAGCCAGUUAUUGUUCUUGCCGCUACCAAUCGGCCUGAUAGCUUGGAUGCGGCUUUACGUCGAGGAGGCCGUUUUGACAAGGAGAUCAACAUGACUGUGCCGUCGGAGCCGGUGAGAGAACAGAUCCUUCGGGCCCUCACGCGCAAGAUGCGUCUUGCCGAUGAUCUGGACUUCAAGACCCUGGCGAAGAGAACCCCAGGGUUUGUGGGUGCGGACCUGAACGACUUGGUUUCCACGGCCGGCUCUGCCGCUAUCAAGCGAUACCUAGAGCUUCUAAAAUCUCACGGCGGGGAAGAAAUGGAAAUUGAAGAAGAAGUAGAUGACAUUAGCCCUAAGAUUAAGGAGCUGCGCCGUCUCAUCGCCCACGCGAAGGAGACGCCGAUGGGCGAGGAGGCCCAAGUUGUCCUGGUCUCCAAUGCAGACUUCUUCACGGCGCUUCCUAAGAUCCAGCCAUCGUCGAAACGUGAAGGCUUCGCCACCAUUCCUGAUACCACCUGGGCGGACAUUGGUGCUCUGGGCGGCAUUCGCGAUGAACUGUCGACUGCGAUUAUCGAGCCAAUCAAGAACCCAGAUAUCUAUGCCAAUGUUGGCAUUACGGCGCCCACCGGGGUGCUCCUUUGGGGCCCUCCUGGGUGUGGUAAGACCCUGUUGGCGAAGGCCGUGGCCAACGAGUCGCGCGCCAACUUUAUCAGCGUCAAGGGUCCCGAGCUGCUCAACAAGUUCGUCGGUGAAUCGGAGCGUGCCGUGCGGCAGGUGUUCGUGCGCGCGCGCUCGUCCAUUCCCUGCGUCAUUUUCUUCGACGAGCUCGACGCUCUGGUUCCUCGACGAGACGAUACGCUGUCCGAAGCCUCGGCCCGCGUCGUCAACACCCUGCUCACCGAGCUGGAUGGCCUCGGCAGCAACCGCCAGGGCAUCUACGUUAUCGCGGCCACCAAUCGGCCGGACAUCAUUGACCCGGCGAUGCUGCGUCCAGGCCGUCUAGAGACCCUGCUCUUCGUCAACCUCCCCAGUCCCCUGGAGCGGGUCGAAAUCCUGCAGACUCUGGUCCGCAACCUCCCCAUCGAGUUCAACGAGGAUCUCAGACGAGUGGCGGAGGAGUGCGAAGGGUACAGCGGUGCUGACCUGGGAAGUUUGCUGCGUCGGGCGGGAUACUCGGCCAUCAAGAGGCGGGAUACCAUCGCCAUCCAGGACUUCGUGGUCGCGAAGGAGUUCAUUCGACCGAGUGUGACGGAUUUGAAGAAAUACGAGAAACUGCGGAGGGAUUGGGGUGGAGGUGUGUUCUAA